ACCCGAAGCGCAAGCCUAUUUCUUAAAUUGAACGCUUUUCUGUAUUUCCUAGUUAAAUUAUGAAAGUAACGAUAUGUAGUGUGCUUUUUCCGCUAAUUUGCUUAUAGCUGUAUAAUUUUUGCCUCGCGAGAACAACUAACGCGUGAGAUACUUGUGAUUCUAGUUCACAGUUAUUUAUCGGCUCAAAAAUGGCCAAAUCCCAAAUAAAUACUAAAUCUAGCAACUAUCAGAGGGAUAAAGAAACGUUUUUGAAGGACCUGAAGCAAUUCAAUGAUAGUAAAAACAUACCAUUUAAGACUCCAACAGUUAAUGGGGUGGAAAUAGAUUUGUACCAUUUCUACACAUUGGUGCAGCAGCGAGGAGGUCUUAGUAAGGUUAAUCAAAAUGACCAUUGGGACUCAUUUUUGCGCCCACUUCGACUACCACAUCCUUGUGUCAAUGGAUCUACAUUGCUCCGGAAGAUUUAUGGAAUGUAUUUGGAAAAAUAUGAAAGAGCCAAGGGCCCUCCUGGACGAGAUGACGACAAUGACAUGGAUGAGGACCCUAGAAGAGGUCGAGGGGGAGGUAUGCCCAGGAUCACUUUUAGUGGGGGCUCUUACAUAUCAGGUAAAACAGCAUCGGGUGAAGCUCUCCGUACAGGGUCUCGUGUAGCUGGUCCAUCGGAACGCUUGGCCCUCUCUCUCCUCUCACCUAUGCCCAACGAACAAGACUUCUCCGUCAACGUAUGCACCGUUCUGGCAGCCGACCAUUCCAACCGGCUCCCGUUGUCCACCACUCCACAUAUACUGGACUUUUUACUUGCACAUGCUGGUGUUUAUAAUCAUUCAAGUCUCCGCGAUACAAUUGGCCGAUCGUACUUCGAAGCACGCGGAAGAUAUCCCGAUGAGUUCUGGCAAAUGAGAGCUGGCGGUGGAGGUGCUAAGGAAUUAGCCGACGAAACUAAGUUCAUGCAACCGGGAGUGGAGCAACCAGAGUUAAUAGUGCAAGCUUUAGCUGCUCAUAAUACGCUUACGGACUGUUUGAUGCAGGACGUUGGUGCCGAAGAUGUUGUUGAGAAGAUAUUGCCUAUUGAAACUGAAACUCCAGAAGACUGGGUCACUGAACCGUCAGAAGAAAACCAGCUUUUCGCCCCGGAGCUACCUGGAGGCGCGACUUGCGUCUUUACUCAAAGAGUGUUGCAAAUUGCCUCCAUCGUGCGAUCGCUGUCGUUCCAUGAUGAAAACGUGCAAUAUUUGGCUAAAAAUACUACGUUAAUAAGAUUUCUGUUGCUGUGCGCAAACUGUUGGGUGGGAUCGUUGAGGCAGUCAGGACUCGAUACUCUUGGAAAUAUAUCGACAGAGCUCAUUAUCAAGGACCCAGCAACUUGCCUCAUCUCCCGGCACGUGCUGUCGACCAUCCAGUCGGCCCUGGUCUCGCCGGACCGCGCGCGCGUCUUGGCUGCUUUGGAACUUCUUAACAAGCUGGCCCAGAACGAGGCCAACGAAGACGCCUUACUCAGGGCUUUGGAAGCUAAAGUGUAUAGUGACGUAUGCGCCUUGCUAACACUACGAGAUAUAAUGUUGUUGGUGUGCACGUUGGAAUGCGUGUACGCUCUGACGUCGUUGGGCGAUCGUGCGAGUGAGGCCGUCGCUAGGGUGCCCGGCUUAGUUCAUACACUGGUGUCCCUCGUUACCGUUGAGGCGCAGAGCUACGGCCCGCGCGCCUGUAUACUUAUGCGAGUGGUGGAGACGGUGAGCGGGCCCAGCGCCAUCGCCGCUGCCGCAGAACGUGACUCGCACACCGGCAGCCAGCAGCACCAGCAACAGCCGCAGCAGCACCAGCACCAGCAGCAGCAACAGCCGCAGCAGCAGCAGCCUCAAACACCUCAAAAGGUGGUAGUGGAGGCGCCGCCUGCGCCCACAACGUCAGCUGCGACGCCGGUCGUCUCCGCGCCUUCACCGAUGACCAAUAUACAACAGUCGCAUUUGCAACAGAGAACUGUGCAGGAGAACGAGCACUUCGCGCAAGCGUGGCUCCGUUCGACUUACGAGCCUUUGCCAGCGAGCGACAACAGCCCGUGCGAGGCAGCGGAACUAUACCGCCAGUACCUCGCUUGCUGCGGCAAGCUGGGCCGCAAGGGGCUCAUUGCGCCUGCGCACUUCCCGAGACUCGUCAGGACGGUGUUUGGCGGAACUGUAGGACCUAAUUCGGUGACAAAUUCGUCAGGCGAAACUCGUCAAGUCUACAUCGGCAUUCGAGCUAAAAAUCAGCAGACAAGAACCAAUGCACCUCAAGGACCCUCAUCUCCGAUCCUCAAAGCUCAGCUAACGAAUAAACCAGGCACUGUGGAGGCAAAACCAGUCGUUUCACAGGCACAACCCCAACCCCAACAAGCAUCCACCCAUCCUCAUCUCUCGCAGGCUUUAGAGUCGACUCCGACGAACACGUCUCUGAUCAAACACUUAUUAGCGCAUAAAGUAAGCCCCGCCCCACAAAUGACGCAAGUAGCGCAAAGGCAGCAAAAUCAACAACGGGUCGCACCAACGAAUACUGUUGUGGUCCAGCCAGCUUCUCAAGUGUCGGCAAUGGAAGUAGAUCCAGAGGCGCUUAUCAAGUGCACUACAAUAACUCCAGGUGGUGUGGCCAGUAGCACCCCAGCUGUACAAGGGGAAAAGGUCAUUAUAAGCGCACCUGAAGAGGCAGUAGUCUGCAAGGAAGAAGCUGUGCAAAUCCAAAUUGAUGAUCAAGCUCAAUUGACCUUUAAAACUGCACAAAACAAAAUGCUAGCUGAUCUUCUCGAAAAGAAAUCCAACCCACCCGUCCAAAUAGUACAAAUGACACCGCAAAUCAACGCCCCCACAAUCCAAAUCACUGAAACCGGCCAAAUUGUACAAGUAAAAUCUGAUUCCAGCCCUGUGAUACAAAUUAACAGUGAUUCCUCUAUGGUCACUCAAGCGCCAUACUUCCAAAUAAAGAAUGACCAAAUUAUCCAAAUAAAAAAUGAACAAGGACAGAUAAUUCAAAUUAAGGGUGACCAGAUCCCUCCAGUGCUACAGUUUAAAAAUGAGCAAGGUCAAAUAGUACAAAUUAAGAGUGAUGGACAAAUCAUUCAAGGGGGUCAGAUGUUGCAAAGUGGCGUCAUUCAAGGCGUCGUAAAGGGCGAUAAGGAUCAGAUUGUCAAGACUGUUACAACGGAUCAUUCGUAUACUGAACCUCCUGCUAAAAAAGUGAAGGGGGAACCAAAAUCUGAGGAAAGCUCGUCUCCUCAAGAAAGCGUAUCAAAAACAGCAGCAAACCUGUACGCAGCUCUCGCUGCUUCCGCGUUGGAAGACGAAGAAGACCUGACACGUGCGAGGUCUCGUAGGAUAAUUUUAACGAGUCUACGACCGAAGAUACCAACAAAACAAGAAAAUGUUGAUGUGAUUCAGCCAUCCGUUUUGGUCACUGGGACUGGAGAAAAUGCAUCGGUUUUCAUUCAAGAACCGAUAUUGCAGGUGCAGCAACCAACAAUACACGUGCAGCAACCAACGUUACAAGUGCAGCAACCUACGUUACAAGUUCAGCAACCUACUUUACAAGUUCAAGCGUCUACGAUACAGGUGCAGCAACCUACUUUACAAGUGCAACAACCAAUGCUGCAAGUGCAGCCUAUGGAGGUUCAAAAUAUCAUCGCAUCUCAAGCGGGACAGCUUAUUCUUCAAGAAAAACCAAUGGCGACUCAGCAAACGCAAUACGUUCAGCAACCAAUGCAAUUAAUUGCUACACCUAGCACCUCACAGGGCGGGCUGAGCUACAUAACGCAAAAUAUACCCGGUAAUAUGAUGCAAAAAACCAUUAUCAUAGUACAAGGACCUACUGGAGGAGGCCCUCUGACACUUACGGUGAACAACCCAGGCGGUUUGGACGAGGCGACGCUUAACAGUCUUAUCACCCAGGCCACAGAGGCGAUUACUCAACAGCAAAUUAUACAGAAUUCUGGCGUGAUCCAAUCGACUCAGAGGGUGAUAGUAAGCCAGCCCGCAUUGACUCAGCCCAUUGCUGUGGUCAAAACGCAAAUAGCACAGAACGCACCGCAAAUAACGCAAAGUCAACAACCAAUAAUAACCACGCAACCACAACCACACAAGGCGCAGAUAAUCAACCAACCCCCAACGCAGCAGAUUGUGGUUACACAGAAACAACCACCCGCUUUGAUCUCUACAACGACCAAUCAAAUUGUAGCUGGUAACCAGCAGGUUAUCCAGGCCAGCCAACCGUUGUUACAAGGAAAUCAACAGAUAAUCGCAGUAUCGAACAACCAACAGAUUAUAGUGAAUACACCAAUCAAACCCGGGGUGCAUAGAGUAGUUCAGCAACCACAAAGAACCCAAGUUGUCAACCAACCCGUCGUCAACCAGCCAACUGUGGUUCAAAGCGACUGCAAAACAAGCGUUAUACAAACUAAUACCGUAACAAAGGUCCAACAGCCCGGUAUGCGUCAAGUCAUAACUCGGCAGCCUGUGAUGGUAGGGAACACUAAGAUCGGCGAGAAAGAAACUGUUGUCACACAACCAAUACCAGUUGAGAAACCGCCAACCCCAAAGCCUGCAACUCCGCCACUUCAACCGCAGCCUCAACUACAAACGCAAUCUCAGCCUCAAUCUCAACCGCAACCGCAACCACAACCGCAACCGCAACCACAAGCUCAACCGCAAUCCCAACCGCAAUCCCAACCGCAAACUCAGCCUCAAACGCAGUCCCUACCGCAACCUAUAACCCAAGAUGAUACACCUUGGAUUUGCCAUUGGCGAGGAUGUGGCAAGACGUUCGAGAAUGCCACUGACGUAUUUGCGCACGUAGCUAAGACGCAUUGCCCGACCACAGCGGGAGGCGAAGCGCCUUGUCUCUGGUUGGACUGCGAUAGAGUGCCAAGAAAAACUUUUGCCCUUCUCAACCAUAUGACUGACAAGCAUUGUAAUACACAUGCUCUGAAAGCGGUGUUUAACUCGCGUCGUCACAUGACAGUAGAUGCGGAUGCAGGCAAGCCAGUCUCAGUAGGAUAUCCACCGAACGCAGCGUUAGCAGCCCUUAACAAACACGCAGCUGACAUGUUCAACCCUAAAGAGUUGAUGCACAGGGCCGAGCUCGGUCGCACGCCGGAGCAGUUGGAUGAAAACGAAGGCCCGGUGACCAAAAGCAUAAGAUUGACAGCAGCUCUUAUACUCAGAAACAUCGUGAUCUACUCCAAUACUGGAAGACGACAACUGCGUUCGUACGAGUCUCAUCUAGCAUCGAUUGCGCUCAGCACAGUGGAAGCUGCUCGGACGAUUGCGCAGGUUCUCUACGACAUGAACAACAUUUGAGAUCAGGCGCAGGGAUCACGGUCCGAUGAUGAGCAGUAGCUGUUAACAAUAAUUAUUUUAUUAUUCAAUAAAGAUAAACUAUAAGCGCAGGGCGCUAGGACAACAUUAAUAUUUAGCAAUUUUUUUUCAAUUUCAUUAUAAUCGUAAAACUUCAAGUAUUAUCCAUACUUGUGUGUGGUGUAAUUACUUUCUUCAAGUUAAGGUAAAUGUAUCCAGUUUUUUCCAAUCUCUGGUUUACUACCUUAGUUGACAUUUAAUAAUAACGUGGACCAAUAUACAGGGUGUUGAUUUGCAUUCUCGCCAUAUUUAAGAAAUUAAUGAAAGAAAUAAUGUUAAA